AAAAAAAAGACGAAUAGAUGCAUCCACACUCCUACCGUACUUCUACUCCGUAGUAGUGUAGUCCAAGUGCGAAAAACUCAUCACUCUGCUUAGCAUACGACAAAAACUUGAGUAGGCGGCUGCAGCAGCAGAACGCAGCAGGCGUUCGUUUGGCCGCGGAGAGUUCUGACUGAAUGAGUGAGCUAUGCCGCUUAAACAACAAAACCCCAAGCAGCAGCCGACCGUCGAUGUGCGACCUGGCCUUCCGCUGUUGUACCGUCAAUGUUGUUACGCCGACUCCAAUAUUGUGAUUAUUGUUGCAGUGACUGUGUCUGUGAUGGUGGCGAAAGAAAAACAUCAACAUUGUUCAAGUACAGUUUGUGUACGGGUUGGCUAAAGAACUCGCUCCACGAAAAAAACUGUAUCGUAUCGAUAGAUAAACUAUCAGGGCUAAUAAAUUUUAUUAAGACCUUCACACUUAACUCACGCGAAGAUCUACUCCAGUGUUGACCGUCAGUCAUCAAAUUGCUUGAUGGCCCCGGUGGUGUCGCGUGGAGGCGGGGCCUCGGGGCCUGUUUCAGAAGAUGAUAUAGUCAUCAAAUCAGAACCAUUGAUGGUUCCGGAGGAUGAACCUCUUAAAACUAACCCCAAACUGCUCGCAAAACUCAAGGAGGCUUUAUCAGAUGCGUCCUAUCGAGAAAUGGUCGAGAGCACUGCGAACGUUAAUACUCGCAUAGCGAUUGAACGAAAAAUACGCCUACCGUUUCUUGAUCAGCAAACGAAUCUGGCGCAAACACAUAGCUGCCUAAGUUAUUCGCGGCUCGAACGGUUACCUCCGCGCCGCCAUGGUCAACUCGUUUGCUACCCGGCCACUUCGUGGUAUAAAAAAAAGCGGCAAUACCUGCUUAAUGAUCGGUUAGUUAAGCUACUGGCUGCAAAGGAGCGAGGCGAGACACUGGAAGGCGAAACAGCCAUUGCGUUAGUGGAGAACUCCGGCCCUUCUGGGGCUCUCGCACUUGCACCCGGAGGGAUCUCAAUGGAUGAGGAUGACACUUCGCGCGACGCGAACUCAGGGCCAGGCGCCAACCUCGGGAGCGGUGGUUCAGUAAAGAACAGCGGAAGUCAUCAUCUGAAUGAUGAAAGCAACCACUCGUGGCUUCGUGACCAACAACAAGAAUUUAUGGAUAUUGAAGGAGAAUAUGCAUGGGAGGAGCCAGAAUCGGAUUACGAUGACGACCGGGACGACAGCUACGGUCCUGGUCGGAAGGAUACAAAAAGAAAAAGUGGAACUGGUGGAACUAAGGCUGGUGGCCGCGGGUGUGGCCGUGGAGGCGGAACAAGAAAGGGACGUCGGGGCGGCCGAAGUGGAGCGAGCAGCAAGGACAAUAGUGAUAAAGAUAAGGACGGUGGAAACUCGAAGGACAAAGAUUCAGGAAACUCAAAAGACAAGGACAGCGGCGCGGCAGACGACAAACCAUUUGUCUGCGAUAUUUGCGGCGCCAAGUAUAAAACUCGUCCUGGCUUGUCAUACCACUACACACACACUCACGGGUCGCGGCACGCUGACACACCGUCACCGGGCGCGCGUUCCACUUCGCCCGCUGCUGCUGCUGCUGCUGCAGCUGCAGCUGCUGCUGCUGCUGCUGCUGUAGGCAGAGACGACUCCCAUUCAAGACAGGGCAAUAGUGACGCUUCGCCUCUAGCUGGCCUUCGCAAAUUUCAGGAUAAUUUUCUGUCAUUCCUGAAGACAGAUAAAGAGGGCGGAGGUAAGGACUCUGGAAUUGGAGAUGAAGUUGCCACGCCACCGAACGACCGCCGACAAAACUACUGCGACUUCUGUCUGGGGAGCGAAUCGGAAAACAAGAAGACCAAUAAACCUGAAGAGAUGGUCAGUUGUGCAGACUGCGGUCGGUCAGGUCACCCAUCGUGUCUGCAGUUCACUGACAGCAUGACCGCCAACGUCAAAAACUAUAGGUGGCAAUGCAUAGAGUGCAAGACGUGCACUCUAUGCGGGACGAGUGAGAAUGACGAUCAGCUGCUAUUUUGCGACGACUGCGACCGCGGCUACCAUAUGUACUGCCUCUCGCCCCCGCUUGCCGAGCCCCCAGAGGGCUCCUGGAGCUGCCACCUCUGCCAGAUGGAGGCGACCGGCGUGGCGCUGCAUACGGCGGCGCAGAACGCCCAAACGACAACAGCGGCAGCUGCAGCCGCUACUGCAGCUGCAGCUGCUGCGGCAGCCGGUGGCGGAAGCAGUGGGUCAUCCUCGCCAGCGACUGGAAACUCCAAAUAAUAAUAAUAAUAAUAGUAAUUAUAUUAUUAUUAUUAUCAUUAUUAAGGCAGUAAAUAAUAACCAGGAUAUACUUAUUAACAACAAGACCCAGUUGCCGAUUGACUACAGUAACCAACUGAAGAACCGAGCCAAACUGACCACUAUAAUAAGCACGUACUUAUUUGUGUGUAUACUCUUAUGCUGUAUCCAUUUCUGUCUCUGAUUGUUCAGCCUCUUCGUUCCGUCCGUUUGUAUCGGCGCGUAGAGGCGGCAAUGUUGUAGUAUAACAAGUACUAUAUAUACAGGACGAGUGAGAAUGACGAUCAGCAGUAUUUCCAAAGCUAGCGACUAGAUUAAAGGAAAAGAGUCAACAAGAGUCGCAAAAGGCGCCUAUGCUCACUUAUAAAUGAUAAAGAUGUAGAUGAUACACUGAUUAUGAUGUACAUGCAAAUGUGGCGAUUAACACGAAUCGUUCUUCUUUAUCGUUUUAAACCAUCACUUUUGAAAUGAAAUUAUCUAUUCGAAAUUCUCUAUAGAUGAUCAACGGUUCGACAGGUGUGCGAUACAGAUCACAGAACUGCGUAUCUAGAAAGAUAUUUGGAUAGUAACAGCAGUUCCAAUGACGAUUUUUAAUUUACACGUUGACUAAUUCAGAAGAUAAAAGAAUUCUUGAAUUUUUCGAAAUUCUGCCAUCAAAAGAAAUCAACAAUUACCUGCAUUCCAGGAAAAACAUACUUUUUCAGUUUUUGUAGCUUGAAAUGGGAAUGUUAGGUCUUUGUAAAGAUGAGGUUGAAAUGGCCGCCUGUUUCUAUGCUAAUAUCAAGUUUAUAAUUAGAUCCUUGAUGCCUUAGCUCAAUAGAGACACCUUAGUUUCUCAACCAUGACAAUUAAGACUGUGUCCAUUUUUUAAUGACUCUUUUCGAAAUCAUCGAAAAAACAUUUACAUAUGGUUAUUUUUUGUUUUCUUUUUAUUUUUAACGAUGUAACAAGACUCUUAAAAUAUAGCUGUUGGUGGGAAAAAUUAUUGACACGUGGUGCACAGACUAACCGGAAUUCGGAACGGUUUAGUUUAUCGUACGUACCUAUUUAGUCGUAUUUAAAUGUCACAUCACAAAAAUCUGUGAUAGUUGUAAAUGUUGGGCGAAUAAAACGUAAGUAUGCGUGACCAUCGUAUGUGCCACCGAUGAUAAUUUGAAUCCAAGAAGCAUUCGUUACGGUAUGUGACGUAACAGUCACCUAAUAGUGACGUGUAUGCCUGGAGGUAAAUUUGGGAGACUGGCAGCGACUUGCGGCACACUUCAAGUAAACCAGGUCAACUCUCUGGGAUAAGACAACAUGACAAUUCAAUAUGACCCCCUUUUUAUUUAGAAACAGUUAAGGUUUGUUGCCUUAGCGCGAAGAUCUAUUGCCAUUAUUUUGUUCAUGAAUGGAAGAAAUACAUCUAAUGUAUUUCUUUACAGGAUUGCAGUCUCUGUACGAACAAGGGUAUUAAAUCUAGCCCUGUACAUUCAGAAGCCGCUCAAAGAGUAUAUAAUAUGUCAUAACAAUAGUCGUUGGUCUGAUUUUGCACGUUCGUAUUGUAUAUUCGUCCGUUAUAUGUACCUUUAAACGCCCGUCAUGAUCGCAAUUUAUCUAACUCUAGUGGUCAGCACUAGCAGCGGCAACCCAGUCAUGGCAAUUUGGCGUGUUCUGCUUGUGUUUACUGACAAUAGUUAAAAAUAGCAGACAACACUUAUGUUUUAUGGAAGUAAACAAAACUAAAUAGUUUAAGCCUAAUGUAUGAUUAACUCGAAGUUAUGUGGCUGGUAAAGCAAACACUAGCCUUUUAUAUAGACUGAGUUUUUAAUCAAGGAGGAAAACUAUUUGCGAUAGUCAUCCAAUCACCGUCCACUGUAAGGCACGGAUUGAUUUAUCAUAACGUAUAAAAACAGGUAAGACUGUGAAAAAUAAAUUAACUCGUAAAUUCUAUGAGUGCAGGUUAAAUUUAAACAAGUUAUGGUGCUGUUCUGAGCAAGCGUGUACCAUAACACGUUAAUAACAAGCUAAUUAUACAAUAAUAAUAAUAAUAAUAAUGAUUAUUAUUAUAACAAGCAUGUUCUAUAAAAGUGUACAUUAUUGAAUGGGU